AUGCAUCGAACAUUCCUUCGAUCAGACAGUAAUGAUUUAAUUAGAUUGCAUACUUUCAAUUCAUUGACGGCACGCAGCUUACAACACGACAUAAAUUCUUUUGCUAUUAUAAACAAAUUGAUUGAAGAACUUCAAAAAGUCAAAGGCGAACAAAAUCAAUUAAUUACCAAAAAUAAACAACUCGAAGAAGCUUUAAAACAAAGCCGACGUGAAUUGUUUGGGGCUAAGAAGGAAAUUGAGCAACUUCGUGUUGUUAAUCAAAAUUUUGUUGACAAAUCUUCUCAAGAGCAAACUCUAGUUAACACAACAUACACAAAGUCUACAGAAAUGCCGGUGCCAAAAAAUCGAAAGAGAACUGCCGACGAACAACACAAAAAUUAUUGUAGCGAGAGAGAUGGUUCGCCGCCAGAAAAAAUUUUGAAGCCUCACAAAAAGGAGAACAGUCGAUUAAUUGGUGUCAGAAAUACUCGUAUCUCCAGCUCUUGUGACGAUUUGAGCAAACUUCGACGUGAUUUAUCACCACCAUUUAUCGACGACAAUCCUUUUGGCACUGAACAUGUUUUUGAGACAAAAAGAAAUUUUUUGCGUAUUCAUUGUGGACGUUGUGAAGUGGCAAUUCGUUUUGGUGUUAACUACGUUAAAUGUCAACGUUGUAAAGCCACAUUUCAUGAACAAUGUCGGAGGCAAGCUCCUCUUCCUUGUGUUGUUCGAAUUAUGACGCCAAAACCAGCUGGACCCAAAUCUGGACGUCCAAGACUUGGUGAUUUUUGUGCGGAUUGCCGUCCAAUGGUUCCCCCAUUAAUUACUUAUUGUACUUAUCAUUUGGAUAACUGCUCAGACUUGCCUUUUGAAGAUAUUUAUUCUAAUUGCGGUAUUACUCGAGAAGUUGAAUUGAUUGCUAAACUUUUUCAGUCCAAUAAAAGUUUUCCAAAAUUGGACAAUUAUAGUGUUCUCAGUGUUGCUGGCUGUGUCAGAAAUUUUUUGGCACAAGUUCGAGAGCCUGUUAUACCUUUCACUUAUGGAAAGGAUAUUAUUAAAUGUCAGGAGAAUACGAGUAAUGCCGGCAAUUUAAAUAGCUUAAUUGGGGAUUUACCAACUGCACAUAUGGAUACACUUGCUCAUUUAGCUCGUCAUUGGAAGCGUCUUUCAGCAAUUUCGAAUGACCGUCUAACAAUUAAAGCAUUGAGUGCUCUUCUUGGCCCGCUCGUUUUUGGGUCAGAUCGUACCGAAUCGCCUAUUCAAAACGGGGCGGCAGUUAUUGCGAUGGAAGCUCUGUUAUUACUUCCUAUUGAUUUUUGGAUUAAUAUUACCUCUUCGCCUGGCACUUCGCAUUCUUCCCUGUCUAGAAAUCCUUCGCAGCGUUCCAACAAUAAUCAAACACCAAAGUUUAAAACUCUUACAAUGAAAAAUGGGACAAUUAGUGGUUUGCGACACCCUCAAGAAUUAAACUCGACCGUUUACAAAUAA